AUGCGAGAAGCGGGGAGAGAGGAGCGGGAUGAGCGGUGCAAGACGGCACCCGGGCAUACAUUUGCCUCUCCUCACCCCACCACGCACCCAAGCAGGCCUGCAUCCAUUCAUUUUCUCUCCGCCUCCCGUCUCCGCCGUUUUUCGUUUUGCCCCUUUCUUCCGCAGUGCAUGUCUCCUCCCCACCCUUGUCGAAGCCGCACCAGCACACACGCGCGCGCAUUCUCUCCCUGCCUGGCCAGGAUGGAAACCCCUCUCCACCACGAUGCUGAGGCUGCCGAUGCAUGUGUUAAGGUCAGCUUCCCUUCGGUUUCCACCGCAACUCUCAACCCCGCAGCCGUGGCACCCCCCGUUGCGUUAGAGGCGGUGGCACAGCGCCAAGGUGUAGCGAGAGACACACUACCGCCAAACGCCCUCUGCAGCUCACCAUCUUCGAUGACCCAAGUGCCACUUCUUAGGCUGGAGGCCGGGGUAGAGACAGCAGCCUCGGUGGGCACUUCUGUGCCGUCGUUGAACACGGCUGCUGCAACUACCACCGCUGCUGCACGGGAAUCAUCCCACUCCCAUCCGCAUCUUUUGCACAUCAUACAGCAGCAGCAGGAGCGCAUUGCCACACUGCACGCGUCACUGGAACGCGCGGUAAAGAGUGCACAGCGCUCGUGUGCAGCUCUGGAGUCCCUGCACUGCAAGCCGCAUGUCCCCACUCGCACUGGUCGCAUCCAUACGGUGGGCGCAGCUUUGUCCUCCGUUAACUGCGCUUCGUCGUCAUCGUGUGCCUCGAUAGCAGAGGUCAUGCCAGCAGUGGCCACCACCGUGCGGUGGACAGACAGUAUCGCCGCGACGCCAAUGUCAGCAUCACCCGUCUCACGCGACUCGAUCACUGAGUGGAAAGGUGACUCACCUCCACCGGAGUGCUCUUCGCACGUUCCCUCGUCGUCCUUCAUUGCACCACCAACGUGUUCAGUGCUGCCGGUGAUUCUCCUCGACAUCACGUCGAUGUUCACGACGCGAUCGACGGGUGCAGUGGCCGCGGCAGCACACCUCAACGGGCUGCAGUCGCCACUUCCCACUCACCGCCGGUGCUCCGACACGCAAACGGACUCGGUUGCCACCGAGUCUACAACGUCGAACGACAAAGUGACCGGUGGCAGCCGUGGCAUGACGGGGACGCUGGUGGACCAACUUCGUGGCGAGCUGGCCGAAGCACAGCGGAGACUACAAACAACCGAGGGGUCGGUCAAGUCCCUCUGCGCCAGGAUGCUUGCUCUUCAGAAGCAAAGUUGCGGCCCAGGCGCCUCUUCCUGUGAGUCUGCCGAUAUUGUAUUUUUUCCGGAUGAUUCUGCAGGGACUUCUAGCAGGCGUGAUCCCGUCUGUGGCGUUGAUGGGGCCAGUUGUCCAGAAGCAGCCGCAGAAUACAUAAUUGACGGCGAUGUGAGGAAAGACAUGGAAGAGUUACGACGCCUUCGACUGUUGCUGCGCUUCUCGGAGCUGAAAAAGGACAGCGAUCGACUUGCUGGCGUGGUGGAUGCCCUUCACGAGUCCUCUGCGGCUCAGCUGCACCUGCAGAAACGCUGUGAUCGUCUGGAGCACGAAAAGGCACAAGGAAGGGACUGCCUGCGAGCGAUUGCGUCGUGUAUUGAGAGGACGUUGGCUGCCUCAAGCAAAAGCACCACUGACAACCACAGCGAUGACAGCACUGCUGCCGCUGCUGCACCCAGCGCAAUGCCGGAUGAGUCGGUGAGCGUGCUGAAGUACGUUCUGCGCCUCUGCACAGACGUGGUGCUGUCUUCGGGGCCGCACACGGCGCCCUUGCCGCUACUGCACUCUUCUCCACUGCAGGCCCGGCAAUCGCCUCUGCAGCGACGCCAAGAUCGCCUGCACAGGGCUGUGAGCGACAGCCGUGAUGUCGUGCGACCUCUACCAUGCCGCCCGCCUUCUCGAAAGGCGUCAUGGCGUGACCCUAGCGCGACAGCGGCUGCUGCUGCACGCGGUGAGCGACGUGCGAGGUGA